UCCAAGAGACGGUCUUCAGUCUACCGCUGGCCACGGCAGUGUGAACACGUAUCCUAAGAUACCUCUCGCUACUGUAGUCCUCUGUAAAACUACCCUCCUCCCACCCCUGUCCUCGACCCAGCUUCUCUCCCAACCAACACGUCCCGGACAUUCUAAUUUGUGUAAAUUGAAUUUACAGGCACUACUUUUAUUUUAUAUUAUUUUUUUUACCUCGAUGAGUCCUUCGAGGUACUUCGCGGAAAAUGAGCAGAAAUUAAGUUCGAAACAGAAAGUUUCGUUUUGAGAGCAAAAAAAAUUUUCUCUCUCCCUCUUGAUUGGUGAAGUUUGGAGUGACUUUUAACUUGAUUUGUCUUGGGAGACGUCGCCCGGGUAUCUGAUCAAUGCCGGGCGCCGCUCUGGACGAGACGAAGUAAUGGAACCCAUCCUCCUGUUCUUGCCGCUGCUCAUGGCGACUUGUGAAGUGCUCCCAACAGAGGCAUCGGCCUCCUUAAACUUGGCCCAGGGAAGGCGACCCCAAACUUCCUCCUCCUCCUCCUCUUCGUCCUCUUCGUCCUCCUCGUCCUCGGUGGCCUCGAUAGGCGGCCCUCCGAUGCGCUUCCCGCCGAAGGUCUCCGGCUUCGUGGUCGUGUCGGAGGGCAACUACGACCACGAGCACCACACCCACACCCACGGGGGGCUGGAGCCCCACCGGGUCCCCUCGCCCCAGUUCGUCACCAACAACACCACCACGACGGAGGUCUACCUCGGGGCGACGGCCAAGCUCGACUGCACAGUGGACGACUUGACCAACGAGUCGGUGUCUUGGCUACGACGUGUGGACGACGUAUUGGAGCUUAUAACCUGGGAGGAGCAUACUUACUCCAAAGACAGUAGGUACUCCUUAGAUCACGAUUCUGGCGACAAAUGGCAACAGUGGCAGCUGAUCAUUCAAAACGUCCAAUCAGGCGACGCGGGCCAGUACAGAUGCCAGGUGGCGACACAACCGCCCAUGGUCCUCAACGCCCAACUUAAGGUUAUAGAACCCCGGGUUCGAGUCGUGGACGAGAGGGGGACGAAGGUGGUCGAGAAGCACUACAACAGCGGCAGCAUGAUCGAGCUGAAGUGCGUGAUCGAGUUCGUGCCGUUCCCCCACGGGCCCGUGACCUGGAGGAGAGGCAACACGACCCUCACCUUCAACACCUCGACAGGUGGAAUCAGCGUCAAGGGAGACUCUGAUUCCGGGUACAUCCGCAGUCGCCUCUACGUAGCCAAUGCCACUCCUCGUCACUCGGGGAUAUACUCCUGCUGGUACAGCAACUACUCCAGCGAUACGGUCACCGUCCAUGUCAUUGCAGGGGAGAACCCGGCAGAGCUGCACCACGAUGCUGUUCCAGGCGAUGAGGAGGAGGGGGAGGAGAAAGGGGAGAAGCAGAAGGACGGCGAGGCUCCAGUGCCUGCUGGAACCAGCGGAGGCAUUUCCAUAUUCCAACACCAUUCCAGUUUCCAGACAAUCGGGCUGCCUUCCAAGUGCUUCUCGUUCCUGACCCUCUGGCUCGUUUCCUGGUCCACCAUCUGGAAUGACAGCUGGUUUGAUGAGCCAUUCACGGCGAGCUGCGGCGGCCCCCUGGCCAUCUGCCUGCGCCAUAUUUUAGGCCUCUGGAUGCUGCCGCCCUCUGCCUGCUGGGUGUACUCCCUCUUCUGCAGGAGUGCCUCGUCUUUCCUCAGAUGAUUAGGCUGAAGUGUCAGUGAAUUCAUUUUCCUUCUGGUUUCCUGGUUUCCUCUUGGUUGGACUUUUAGACUUCUUAUGCUGUGUGGUGCGGUGUGGUGUGGUAUGCAUGGUAGGAAAAGGGUUGAAUUAUUCAGCCUGAAUGAAAUAGAGAGGUAACAGCCACAGAACUGAGGCAGAGACAGUACUCAAGAAGAAGAAGAAGAAAAUGAAGACGAAGUGUUUCUGUAUUAGGAGUGAAUGUUAAUGUUGUGAUAAAAUUCAGCCUGAAUGAAAUAGAGGUAACAGCCACAGAACCGAGGCAGAGGACAAUACUCAAAAAGAAGAAGAAGAAGAAGAAGAAGAAGAAAAAGAAAAAGAAGAAGAAGAAGAGGAAGAAGAAGGGGAAAAAGAAGAUGUGUUUCUGUGUUAGGAGUGAAUGUUGUGAUAAAGUUACCAGUGACUUUUCAAUGGUAAAUAUAUAUGGAAUGCUAGUAAAAAAAAUUUCUGUGGAUUAUCUAUGCUUUUUAUUGAAAGAAAUGUGACAUUGUAUUAAACAAUUUAUUGGGAAAUAAAUGUAAUGCUAGGAC